AUGGGGCCCAUCGAAGGGGAGGGCAUGCGCGCGACUAUGCUGCCUGCAUCCACAAGGCAAGCAACACGGAUCGACAGGUCACAAGGCACGAGAUACAAGUUCUCUGACGAAAAGAAAAUAGCGCUGUACAUAGCGCAACAAGGACAUCAAGGUCCUUUUGCUAUAACAUUGGUCCUUCGAGCCGGAUACACAGGUAUCGCAUACACAUUUCUUUAUUCUGAGGCCACGUGCAAGCGUAUAAGUCGCACACGACAAGUACUCAUAAGCUUUAUCUCAGGCAUAUACAUUGCGAGAGGCUUCCACGAAGUCCGCACGCAGAACGCCAUGAUAUCAGAGAGAGGGAAAGAAAGGAAAGUCGGGAAGAAGAACUAACACUCGCAAUGCCACAGUACUCCCCUUCCAGUGUAAACGUUAAGGAAAGAAAUACUGAUUAAAUUAUCGCUAGAACGAAAAUAACAGAAAAUAAAAUUAAAUGAAACAAACAGAAA